GCAAGUACCUAUUUUUCAGUGACGUCAUCCAGUACUGUAGCUCUCCAAGGGUGCCCGAUUCCAUUCCCAUCCUUCUCGCCCGAACAACGAAAUAUUUCUUAAAGACCAACACUUCCUAAAGCCAAACCAUCCGCCCCGCCCCGAGUCGACAUACGCACACGAUGGAUAACCCAACACGAUCGGAACCUCUGCAACUACACGUCAACCGCGAAGCCCAGCGAGAAUCAACGGCACCACCCCACCAUGUACUCCCUACAAGAGCCUUUCCAGCACGCCUGAAGCCAAGCUCGGGAUGGUCCUCCUACUGGAGCUAUCUCCCAUCAUGGGACCCAUCCCCCGGCAAGUCACGUCCUACGAGCAACGCUGAAACCAAGACCAUAGCCGGCUUUCGGAACCCUUGGCCGAGCUGGUAUACACCUACGCGCUCCCAAGUCUGGGAUCAUCUCGGCUGGGGAGAGGAUCAAGACCCAUGCGUCGACCUAGCCGCUUCACACCUAUGUGGCUCUCCUGUCACAGACAACCUUCCAGAAAAGAGCAAACGACCACGCUUCAGCGAUGUUAAGGACUGGCCUGAUUCUCCCGGGGCGAAGGCUGCACGAUUGUUGCGCAUCGAAGACCCCGAUUUCUCCUUCGAUUCCUCGACAUCACCGCACGCCAAAGUAACAUGGCUAGGCCAUGCCGGCGUCUUGGUUCAGUUACCUCCCCUCGAUGACGCGAAAGAGUCCCGACCUAUCCGCUGUCUCUUUGACCCCAUAUUCUCGAUGCGAUGCUCACCCAGUCAGCGAGCAGGACCCAUUCGUGCCUAUCCACCCCCAUGCCGCGUCCAAGACCUGCCUCCGAUCGACGCCGUCUUCAUCAGUCACAAUCAUUUUGACCAUCUGGACUAUGAUACCAUCAUGGCCAUCUGGGAGAACAGCAAGGAAACCGUUCGCUUCUUCGUACCUUUGGGAAACCGUUUGUGGUUCGUUGGCUGUGGUAUAUCCGAGGAGCGAGUGACGGAGAUGGACUGGUGGGAUUCAGCUACUCUUUCUUCGCCUCAAGGAGAAGAGAGUUCCACCACCCAGAGUCUCCAAAUAUGGUGCACACCGGCUCAACACAGCAGUGGAAGGGCAGGCAACGAUGCAAAUUCUACCCUCUGGUCGAGCUGGUAUCUCCGCCGUCAAGGCUCUGACAGUAGCACAUACCGCAUCUUCUUUGCCGGCGACACGGGCUAUCAGUUUCACGGUUCCCCGGAUUGGCCUCCUGGUCCACCGUUGAAGAAGAACACACAAAAGCCAAACACUCAGGAGACUGAUGAUACCGAAUACCCUCCAUGCCCGGCUUUUGCCGAAAUUAGAGACAGGCUUGGCCCUCCAAACCUACUACUGCUUCCAGUCGCAGUCGGGUCAACAUAUUCCUACCUCCGCAGCUUAGUUCCCUUACCAGACUGGAUCAGCCCCUUUCCACGGCACAGCGCGGGUAUCACUGCAGGUAUACACAUGCCACCAUGGGAUGCGGUCCGCGUCUUUAAGCUCAUGACAGAGCUCCCGGACAAGGACACGACGAGUGAGGGCACAGGUGAGAGGCCAGAUUCAGAGAAAUUCUCAAACCCACACCCACCAGUGGCAAUAGCCAUGCACUGGGGUACCUUUGUGACAGAAGGUGUCGAGGUUCUCAAGACUCUUGGGCAACUUGAAUGGGCUUGUCAGCAGCAAGGAGUGCACUUUGAUAGGUCUUUGCCCGUGUCUGAUAAAGAGGGCGGAACUGAUGAAGCAGGGUGUAGGUCAAGAAAGGGAGUUCUUGUAUUCGUCGCGCUGAAUCAUGGGCAAUCUGUUGAGCCCAGAUGAUCAGCUAACCUGGACGCAAUGUGCCCAAGGGACCACAAUCUUGGCUAGCGUGUCCGUCGAUAUUUGAAAUUGGUUUUGCACCGCCCCGAACAUCUCCAUUUCGAUUCAUCCCGACCAACUGUCAACUCUGUCUUUGGAUGUCAAACCAUCAUGGCUCUUCCCAAGCUCUUUGCAAUCGGUCCUAACAGUACCAAUUUACUUUUGCCCCCAGACAGCAUCAACGUCCACCUUGACAAAUUCCCA